AUGGUGAACCUUCCUAGCUGCUAUUCUGCUUCUUCCAUAGUAGCCCUCAUCUCUCCAGCCUUCACCGCAGCCGUCGAUCCAGCCUUCAACAACGUUCCUGCUUCUCUCGAGCUGUGGUUUGACGUCGUUACUAUCUCUAACCCGCUGUCCUACUUCUUCCACAGCAGCUCCCACCUCUCCGACAAUAUAUUGACAUUUUUGCGCUUCGUCUUGCAUUUAAACUCGUCCCACUCGCUCUGUACGGUGUCAUCUCAGCACCUCCUAGCCCUCGAGAAUGGAGUUUCCUUUCGGGCCCCCCCCCCCCGCCAUGACGAGCACCAUCACAGCCCCGACGACGACGAAGAUGAAAGAAACCGCUCUCCUCCUCAUUUCCCUUCCCCAGAAGACGGUCCCGAACCCUUCCAACCUCCUCCCGGCGUCCACCACGUCUCCCAUCAACCCGGGGCUGGGUUCACUCCUCCGCCACCGUUUUCUGAACCUCCGCCACCACCAUUCUUCGAUGCGCCGCCACCUCCUCGCCCUUCUCCCGUCGUGGACGAUCCUUUCCAUGACUCUCGACACGAAAUUAAAAAAGAGGAGGGAUGCCACCGCUCGGGAUACUCCGAUAAUGCGAGCCAUGAGGGGGAGGGUGGAUCUCUCUAUCGGCAGCCGACUGUGAGGGUGUUCACCAAGGCGGAGGAGAAUUAUUCGCUCUCGAUUCGUGAUGGAAAGGUUAUUCUCGCGAGGCAGGAUCCCAGCGAUGAGUAUCAGCACUGGAUUAAAGAUCUGAGAUACAGCACAAAAGUGAAGGAUGAAGAGAGCUUCCCUGCUUUUGCUCUCAUCAACAAGGCUACUGGUGAAGCUAUCAAGCACUCCUCUGGAGCAACUCAUCCAUUUCCCGAGCCUAAAAUUGUUUGCAAUGAUCCAAUUCCAGACAGUUUUCUUCGCACGGUUGUCCAUAAUGAGAAUGAAGCAUAUGAACAAUAUUGUGCUUAUGCACACCAUAUUGGAUUUACUGUUCGAAAGGACCACAGUAGUUUUUGGCCGAAUUCGAAGAACAUUAAGACGAAAGACUUCAUUUGUGGUAAGGCUGGUUACAAAAGAGAGCCGAAGUUCAAUAACACAGUGAAGUUCAAAAGAGCAGACACGAGGACUGGUUGUCUAGCCAUGAUUCGAUAUGUCGUUGAUGUUGAAGGCAACUGGUCAGUUAAGAAAUUUAUAAAAAGUCAUAAUCAUCCCUUGGCGAAGUCUGGUGAUAGGCAUCUCUUGCGUUCCAACAGAAAGAUAAUUGAAAUUAAUGCAAAAAGGGACAUUUAUAACAACUCUAGAUAUAGACAUCUCGAGAAGACACAAAUGUUAUCAAGUUCUUCAAGUGACCUCAUAUUUAUCACACAAGUUCAAGAACUUGCAUAUCAAAUUAUUACUAAAGCAGCAGGAAAUGAACAGGCUGAGAAUUACGUGUUGGAGUCAUUUAAGAAAUUAUCAGUUGAUAUCGAUGACAUAUUGAAUGGGAGAGAACCUCAGUCAAAGCAAAAAUCAAAUAAGAAAAAAAUAUUGAAUAAAGAGCGCAAUUUGAAUGACCCAACGAAGAUGCAGCCAAACGGAAUAUCUAAUUCUAAGUUAAAAGAGUAUUGGGAGAAAAACAAGAGAAUAAAAAGAAAUGAGAAAGAGGCUUGUUCAAGCCAAGAUCCAGUUCUUCUAUGCGACCCAUUGUUUGCAAUGUCGGAUUGUCUCAGUCAGGUCCGAUUGGUUCCCUACAACCCCAAUUUCCUCGACGAGUCUGUGCUUUGGACGGAGAGCAGGGAUUUAGGCGAUGGAUUCCGGUGCAUAAGAAUGGUGAACAACAUUAGUUUGAAUUUUGAUGCAUUUAAUGGUGAUGAGCAGCAUGGAGGAGUUCAUGAUGGAACCAUUAUUGUGCUCUGGGAGUGGCUCAAGGGCAAGAAUCAGAGAUGGAAGAUUGUUCCUUACUAAUGAAUGUAUUUGGAGGGAGUUUGUUCACUGUGCGUGUGUUUUGAGGUAUUUAGCUUCACUUUCUCUGUGUUUGCUGGAUAAAAUUUGCAGUGGAGUUUGUUUACCUGCACUUGUAUCUGUUGUGACUUCUAUGUUUGUUGAACUUUAUUAUUAUGAUUGUACAGUAAAAAUAUUAUUUUUAUUAUUA